AUGGCACCUCGAGAUAUGCGUUUUGAUGUUGUUGAUUAUAUAAUCUUUGCUUUAUUACUUAUAUUUUCUGCAGCCAUUGGUUUCUUCUAUGGUUUUAUUGAUAAGAGAAAGAAGAAAAAAAAUGUUGAUAGUGGAACUACUCUUGAACAAUCAAAAAGUUCAGCAAAAGAAUAUCUUUUAGCUAAUAAAUCCAUGGGUGUUUUUCCAACUGCUAUGAGUUUACUAGCUAGUUUUAUGUCUGCAAUUACCAUUUUGGGUACUCCAGCUGAAGUUUAUGUUUAUGGGACACAAUAUUGGAUUAUUGGAAUUAGUUAUAUAUUCACAAUUCUUAUGACAUCCACACUAUUUAUGCCAAUGUUUGUCAAACUUGAAGUAACUAGUGCUUAUGAAUAUUUAGAAAAACGUUUUGAUCGUUAUGUACGAUUAAUUGCUUCACUUAUUUUUUCCAUACAAAUGAUUAUUUAUAUGGCAUUAGUACUUUAUGCACCAGCUUUAGCCUUAAGUCAAGUAACUGGUUUAAAUGUUUGGAUUAGUGUUAUUUCAAUUGGAGUUAUUUGUACAACGUAUACAACAGUGGGUGGAAUGAAAGCUGUUAUGUGGACAGAUGUUUUUCAAACAAUUGUCAUGUUUAUUGGUCUUCUUGCAUCGGUCAUUCAAGGUAUUAUUGAUGCAGGUGGAAGUCGAGCUGUUUGGCAAAAAGCAUUAGAUGGUGGUCGAGUGGAAUUUUUUAAUUUUGAUCCUGAUCCAACCACUCGUCAUACGGUAUGGAGUAUAUUAUUCGGUGCAACUUUUACAUGGCUUACAAUCUAUGGUUUUAAUCAAGCACAAGUACAACGUUAUCUUUGUGUUCCAACUGUUCGAGAUGCAAAAUUAGCACUACUGUUCAACUUAGUUGGUUUAAUAUUCAUUCUUUCACUUUGUUGUGGUGUUGGUCUUGUCAUGUUUGCUAAAUAUUAUGCUUGUGAUCCACUACGUACUGGAGUGAUAAAACAGGCAGAUCAACUUUAUCCAUUAUUUGUUAUGGAAACAUUAAAACGAUUUAAAGGUUUGCCAGGUAUUUUUCUUGCAUGUGUAUUUAGUGGUGCAUUAAGUUUAGCAGCAGUUGUUCUUUCUGAUAUAAUAAAAUUUUUUUAUCGAAAAGAAAUGACUGAUAAACAAGAUGUUUGGUAUUCAAAAAUGUUAUCACUUAUUUUUGGUGUUGUUUGUAUAUUAAUAACUUAUCUUGUUUCAUUACUUGGUAAUCUUCUUCAAGCAGCUUUAUCUUUAUUUGGUGUUUUGUCUGGACCUAUAAGUGCUAUUUUUAUGAUUGGGUUUUUUCUUCCUUGGGUUAAUUCAGUGGGUGCAUUAAUUGCUUUGAUUGUAAGUCUAUUGAUUCAAAUAUGGAUUUUUUUUGGUUCACAAAUACUUCGACAUCAAAUGCGUUCAUUUCGUUUACCAACACGUAUUGAUGGUUGUUUGGGAGUAAACGAAACUAUGACUGCAUUAUUCAAUACUACGAUUUAUUCAUCAACGUGGAACGAAACUACAACAACGAUAAGUUCCGUUCAUAAAGUUGUCAAAAAAAAUCCAUUAGUUCGGUUUUAUGGUAUGAGUUAUUUUUGGUAUACAUUAUUUUCAAUCUUUACUGCUGUAAUUGUUAGUUUAGUGGUUAGUUAUUUUACAGGUUUUAGAAAACCAGAAGAUCUUGAUCAAAAAUUAAUGUUACCUGUAUUUGAUAUUCUUUUUCCGUUUUUACCCGAAAAAAUCUUAUCUAAAUUACGAUUUGGUGUUCGUUAUGGACAAGAUUCUAUUCAAGCAAAUGAAAAAGAUGAAAAAUUAAAACCACCACAUGAAAUGAUGACAUUAUCACCGAUUGAUUCAAUACAACGUCAAAUGGCAAUAACAGAUCAAAGUUAUCCUAAUCCAGCUUAUCUAAAUAAUGAAAAUAAUGAUAAACAAUAA